GGUGAGGUGCACUGUACCCUGAAGCGACUCUGUCUCAACACGCACAGACACACAUCCAAAAAGCACCGUGUCUCAAUGACUGGAUGCUGAGAGAGAGAGAGAGAGGGAGAGACAGGGAGCGAGAGAGAAGCGAAAAGUGAAACACUGAAGAUCAACGAGAGACUGUGCAGAGGACCACAAGCGUCUCCUUUCUGCUGCAGAUAGUGAAGAAGCCGUGCAGCUUCCCAGCUGAUCCAAACGCGCUCACCUGACUCGGGGACGGAGACGCAUAAAAACCCUUCCCUGUGGAAUACCCAACCUGUCGGUCAGCGGGAUUAGAGCGUCUGUGGAAUUAGCACUACUGGCGUUUUCUGUUGAUAUUAUGGAACAUCAAAAAGCCUAGUCCAGCUGGCCAGCAAGGUUCCAUUCAAGAUUCUGUCCUGGCGGAUUGUCUGUCGUUUGUGAGGGAUUGGAAACCCGUUUGCAUACUAAUCAGGUUGUGAAGGGGAUAUCCAGGGUGCACAUCCAGAGCAGCGGGGGUCCGAUGAGUGAGUUUUAGAACCCAGCCAUGCCGAUAACAAGUAAAGGGUCAAGAGGGAGGUCUUGGGUCAGUGAACCCUGUGUGCGCUCACGUCUUUGGCAUCAGAAGGUCUAUUUUUAUUUCUGUGUCAUCCUUGUUCUGGUCCAGACAACAACUGUUCUCGGUGCACUAGAACUCCAGCUGGAUGAAGAGCAACCGGCAGGGACCAUUGUUGGGGACAUCAGUGCUGGGUUACCGCCUGGUGAAACUGCAAGUCUUUAUUUCAUCUCGGACCACGAAGGCACAGGUGUCAGCCAUGACCUCAAUAUUGACGAGACCACAGGCAUCAUUACCACUGCACGCCGUCUGGAUCGUGAACAGAGGGACCACUAUAACUUCAUUGCUGUUACAAUGACCGGGGUCACUAUUGAAGUGUCAAUCACUGUCAACGACAUCAAUGACCACGCACCUGUGUUCCCAAAAAAGAGUGCUGUUCUUAAGAUCCCUGAGCACACAGCUGUGGGCACAAGGUUUUCUCUGGAGCCAGCGACCGAUGCAGACAAGGACCAGUUGACCACCCAAGGCUAUGCUAUUCGUGAGGGCAAUGUAGGCCAGACAUUCAAACUUGAGACCAAGAGAGGUGCUAACAAGGCGCUAUAUCUAGACCUGGUAGUCAAUGGACUGCUUGACAGGGAAAAACGCUCAUCGUACACCCUGGUAAUAGAGGCUUUUGAUGGGGGCUCACCUAGGAAGAUGGGAUCUAUGACCCUGGAGGUGACUGUGACUGACAUAAAUGACCACGCGCCAGUCUUCAAUCAAAGCAGAUACCACUCUAUUAUCUCUGAAAGUCUCCCACAGGGAAGCAGUAUCCUCCAGGUGUUUGCCACAGAUGAGGAUGAAGGUGAUAAUGGGCUGGUGCUUUAUGAAAUCAACCGACGUCAGAGUGACCCUGAACGCUACUUUGUCAUUGAUGUAAAGUCUGGGGUCAUCACUCUGAAUAAACCCCUGGACUAUGAGCUUAAGAGGGUUCAUGAACUGGUGGUCCAGGCCAGGGAUAAUGCCAGCCACCCUGAGGUGACCAAUGCAUUUGUGACUAUUCAUGUCCGUGACUACAAUGAUAAUCAGCCUACUAUGACCAUCAUCUUCCUCAGUGAGGAUGGUUCUCCAAGAAUCUCAGAAGGAGCCCAGCCCGGCCAAUAUGUAGCUCGGAUAUCUGUCACCGACCCAGAUUAUGGAGAGUACGCCAACGUCAAUGUGUCCCUUGAGGGUGGUGAUGGGAAGUUUGCUCUUACAACCAAGGACAGUAUCAUUUACCUUAUAUAUGUUGACCAGGUCUUGGACAGAGAAGAGCGGGAUUCAUAUGACCUGAGGGUGAUGGCCACAGAUUCUGGCACACCCCCGCUCAGAGCAGAGUCCUCUUUCACCAUCCAGGUGACUGAUGUCAAUGACAACCCCCCUCUGUUUGACCAGCAGGCGUACAGACAAACCAUUCCUGAGGUUGUGUAUCCUGGAUCCUUUGUUCUUCAGGUUACUGCCAGGGACAAGGACCAGGGCCCCAAUGGGGAUGUGCGAUAUAGCCUGCUAAAGGGCAAAAACUCUCACUCUGAUUGGUUUUCGAUCGAUCCAGUUACUGGGAUCAUUACCACAGCAACUGCUCUGGAUUUUGAAUCAGAGCCAGCGCCUAGUGUGACUGUGGUUGCGAUGGAUAGCGGACGCCCGCCGCUGUCAUCGACAGCGAAAGUGGACAUUGUGCUGCAGGAUGUUAAUGACAACACGCCGGUGUUCUCCAGCAACUUCUACAAUACCUCCAUCAAGGAAAACACCCCAGCGGGGACUUGCUUCUUAGAGGUAUCGGCCACAGAUGAGGACCGUGGUUCUUUUGGUACUAUAAGCUACAACCUGGGUUCAAGCUCUGGAAACACAUUGCCAACCCAGUUUACCAUCAACAAGGAGACUGGCCAACUUUGCACCAGCACAGCUCUGGACCGGGAUGAGGGACUGGACAAGUUUGACCUGACUGUCACAGCAAUAGAUGGAGGUGGUCUAAGUUCAGUAGCCCGUGUGAGGGUCACGGUGGUGGACAUCAAUGAUAACCGGCCCAUCUUCUAUCCAGUCCUGUACACGGUCAGUCUCAGUACCCAUAGUGCUCCAGGAACGUCUGUCGUCAAGGUAACAGCCAAUGACCCUGAUGUCGGAGAAAACGGAAGAGUAACCUACCGCACUGUACCUGGAGGAGGAUCUAGUUUCUUUACCCUUAAUAAGGACACAGGUGUGAUCUCUCUCUCCCGCUCACUCCAUGGCAAAGCCAACACGGUAAUCUCCAUGGUCAUAUCGGCUGAGGAUGGGGGCGGUCUUACAGCACCGGUAAAUGCCAGAGUGAACGUGAGCAUCGUGGGGGGCUCAGUGGCGUCUCCGGUGUUUGAACAGGCACAGUACUUCUUUACCGUGUCGGAGGAUGUUCUCAGGGGGACGGCAGUGGGCGUGGUUCGUGCUUCUGCCAAGACAGGUGGCUCUAAGGAUAUUUUCUACUCGAUUUCAUCUGGAGACCCUCAUGGCUACUUUACAGUGGACAGCGCCUCUGGUACCAUUCGCACAGCCCUUCCUCUGGACCACGAGACCUGCCCCAGUCUUGACCUGGAGAUCCAGGCACGAUUUGGCUCUCCUCCGGCAUAUGGAAUCAGCCGGGUACACAUAACCAUUGCAGACAUCAACGACAAUGCCCCUACCUUCCUGCCAUCCUCAUCAGAGUCCCUUCUUUUACCCGAGAUCACCAAAAUGGGGACGAUUAUCUACCGUAUUCAGGCCACCGACAAAGACUCCGGCCAUAACGGUCAGCUCAGCUUCGAUCUAGUCUCUGCUGGGGCUGCAGGCAGCAGUGGCCAGAGGACAUUUGGCGUUGACAGGGGCAGUGGGGAGGUACGUCUAAUUGGGAGUUUAUCAUAUGAAAGUGUCCCUCGCUAUGACCUUCAGGUGGCUGCCAAGGAUGGUGGAGCGCCUCAACUUAGCUCCACCUUCACCCUUGUGGUCCACAUCCAAGCACAAGACGCACAAGGCCCAAACUUUGAUACCCUUACGUACCGCGUGGAGCUACGUGAAAACACCCCUCUAAACACGCGUUUCCUUCAGGUCCGUGCACUUAACAGAGAAGCUUCUGGAAAUGGCUCUCUCUCCAUCCUUAAAUCCCUAGACCGUGAAGAGCAAGAAAUCUUCAAUCUCACUAUUGUAGCAGAAGAUCAUGGAAUACCGCAGCUUUCCACCUCUCAGGUGCUGUGCGUGCAGGUGAUUGACGUGAAUGACGAGGCUCCAGUGUUCCUGCGGGCAGAGUUCGAGGCACAGGUGAUGGAAAACCAAGGACCAGGAGCCUCAGUGUUGACAGUAACGGCCACUGACCGGGACCAAGGUUCUAAUGGACAAAUAACAUACGGAGGAGUAUCAGAGGAAGGCUUUAUAAUCAACCCUGUGACAGGAGCCAUCACCACCACAAAGGAACUGGACACAGAGCUACAGGAUCACUACACUCUUACAGUAUAUGCCAGGGAUGGAGGCCUCCCUCCUAACUUUGCCAAGACUGUAGUCCGAGUGGAGGUGCAGGACGUGAAUGACAACGCUCCAAUCUUUGCAAAGCCGUUUUAUGGACUUGAAGUGCCAGAGAACCAGGCUCCUGUAGAGCUUUGCAUCCUCAAGGCCACAGACCCUGACUCAGGUCCUGGUGGAGAGCUGGAGUACAGAAUUGCUGCUGGGGACCCUGAUGGAGAUUUUCAACUCCACGCCAGCACAGGAGCCCUGUCGACGUCUCGCGGGCUCGACAGGGAGACGCAUGCAAAGUACACUCUGGAGGUGGUGGCCACAGACCGAGGCAGCCCUGCUCUCAGUGCUACUGUCGCAGUGGAGGUCAACGUGCUGGACGUCAAUGACAACAACCCCGUCUUCAGCAAAAGUAGCUACUCGGUGGAAAUUUCAGAGGAUGCUACAGAGGGAGCACAGGUUCUUGAGGUUUCAGCCACCGAUGCUGAUGAAGACCUAAAUGGGAAGGUUCUGUAUUUCCUCAGUCAAGAGGCGCAUGGCGCAUUCAGUGUAGAUGAGCACAAUGGUCGCAUCACCACGUCAGCCCCUCUGGAUCGCGAAAAACUGGCGUCAUACAGCUUCCAGGUUUUUGCUGUUGACCUUUCACCAGCUGCACCUAGGAACUCAUCUGCUCAGGUGACGGUAACUGUCCUGGAUGUCAACGACAACACCCCCUUCUUCAUCCAAGAUCCACUGGUCAUUGAAGUGUCCAACAGGCGUUCCCAGCGGGUUUUAGCUACAAUGAAGGCAGAGGACAAGGACUUUGGAGCAAAUGGUUCUGUGUUUUACCGUUUCGCCACCCCAGUGAAAGGCUUCAGUAUCAACUCCCUAACUGGGGAGAUACAGGCCACUGAGCGACUGGCGGACCUCACCCAAGCACAAAGGACCCUGAUAGUGGAGGCCAUGGACCAAGGCAGCCCAGCUCAGUCGACACAGGGUGUUGUGAUCAUUUAUGUGAAGGAGGUGGAAUACAGCGGAAUUCGUUUCUCGAGGAAUGCUAGAGAUGUCAGCAUACAGGAGAACGCAGCAAAAGGCACCACUGUGGCUCAGGCUCAAGCUCAGUACCCGGAUGGUUCUCGUAACGGUAUCAGCUAUAGCCUCUUCAGUGGGAACAGAAAGCAAGCCUUCAGUAUCAGCACUUCGACAGGUGAAAUAAGGGUGCGGACCUCCAAUGAACUAGACUUUGAAGACACCCCAAGACUCCGUCUUGUUGUGAAGGCUGAAACUGUGUCCUCUACAUCUUACAUGGCUUUCAACUUGAUCCUGCAGGAUGUCAAUGACAACCUUCCUCGCUUCCAGCUGCAGAAUUAUGUGGCCUACAUGAAGGAAGCGCAAGGAUAUGAAAUGCCAAUCAUACAGGUUGUUGCUGAGGAUGUGGAUCAGGGCCAAAAUGGUCAGGUGACCUACUCCAUCCAGUCAUCAAGCAUGAGUGGCCUCUUCAAGAUUGAUCCUGUGACAGGAAGCAUUACCACAGCAGCCAUCAUGGACCGUGAGAUCUUUACUCAAACCAAGCUGGUAGUUACAGCAACUGACAGAGGAAGUCCACGGCUCGCAGGUUCAGCCACACUGACGGUCAUUAUUGUUGACCAGAAUGACAACAGUCCCACUAUUCCCAUGCACCAGGAAAUCCGCAUCCCAGAGAAUACUUUGAUAGGCACUGAAAUCACUCUCGUGACGGGCAACGACGUCGACUCCAGUCCUGCCCUCUCCUACUCUUUACAGCUAGACCCAACAGCACUAGGCAAGUUUGGGAUUCACCGCUAUAGUGGAGGCGUGUCACUCACUGCCCCUCUGGACUUUGAGGAGAAGACGUGGUACACCCUGACUGUCAGAGCCACUGACAGCCAGCACCAAACUGAGGCCAACAUUACAAUUUUGGUGGAAGAUAUUAAUGACAAUGCACCAGCAUUUACACAUGAUCUUUAUCAGGUUACUCUUCCUGAGCACACACCACCAGGAAGUGCAGUUAUCACAGUAACAGCGACUGACAGGGACUCCGGCGAGAACGGCAGGAUCACCUAUAAAGUGAUGUCGUCAACCAAGGAGGGUUUCUACAUUGACCCGAGCAAUGGAACUCUGUUCAUCAAUCACAGAGUUGAGUUUGACCCCGAGCGCCCAUCAGUCAGCAUCGUCAUUGAAGCUCGCGACAGAGGCCUGCCCCCGCUCUCCUCUCUUACUACAGUCCAAGUUCAAAUAUCCGACGUCAACGACAAUGCUCCUGUGUUUCACCAGUCGGAGUACAGGGCCACGGUUUCUGAAGACACGAUCCCAGGGUCGACAGUUCUCACUUUUGAAGCCUUCGACAGCGACCUCUCUCGAGAAAACUGCGGCUUCGACUUUGCCAUUGCCAGCGGGAACGAAGGAAACGCAUUCCAGAUCGAAAGCAGCGUGCGCUUCCUGGAGGGACGGGGCUUUCAGACGGUUGGGACUCUGCUGUUGGCCGAGGGAGUUGACUUUGAAACCAAGUCACUGUACAACCUCACUGUGGUAGUGUCAGACCGCGGCGUGCCACAGAGGAGCUCUAGUGUUGCUGCGGUGAUAACGAUCGGUGAUGUGAAUGAUAAUCCUCCAGCGUUCACCAGAGCAGAAUACACCGUGUCACUGAUUGAGGGUGCUACCGCUGGGACUGAGAUCAUACGACUGACUGCUACAGACCCUGACUCAACUCCUAAUGCUGAAGUCCAGUAUUCUAUCAGCUCUGGGAAUGAGGUGAACUUAUUUACCGUGGACCCGUGGAGUGGAGCCUUAAAGCUUCAGCGAGCACUCGAUCGCGAGCACCAGCCCACACAUGUUGUCAUUGUUCAAGCCACAGAUGGACAGGGUCACUUCGCCCUAGCUCCAGUCAUUGUUGAGGUCAAAGACGUGAAUGAUAACCAUCCGUUCUUCCCUGUGGAUGUCCUGAUAGCCAGUAUCAGAGAAAACCAGCCAGCCAACUCAGCGGUGACUGUUCUGCACGCAAUAGACCAUGAUACGGGGGUUUUUGGCCAGCUGAAGUAUUACAUGUUGGAGCGGUCUGGGGCAGGAAAAGAAAGCUUUGCUGUGGACCAGAACUCAGGAGAAAUCAGAAGCAAAAUUCCAUUUGACUUCGAGAAGGUCAACACCUUCAGUUUUGUCGCAGUGGCAGCGGAUUCAGGCAACCAUUCAGCCACUGUGACUGUACAAGUGUUUGUCACAGGUGAGGAUGAGUAUGACCCACUCUUCACAUCCUCUGAUUUCUCCUUUGAAGUUCCAGAGGGAGCCAAGAAAGGACAAAGCAUUGGCCAGGUCCAGGCAAGUGAUGAGGAUGAAGGGGUGGAUGGUAUUGUUCUUUAUUCUCUUACUGCCAGCUCUCCAUAUUUUGAUGUAAACAAAACCACUGGGGUGGUCUUUCUCAAGCUGGACAGUUCAGGCAGCAGUAGCAGCAGUGGGUCGGGUCGGAGUAAACGGGAAACCAGAGUUAUGACUUUAGAUGUGCAAGCUCACAGCCCUCUAGAUACAUCUCGCACUACUACAGCCGAGGUCUCCAUCGAUGUGACAAACACCAACUUUGGCCUGGCCGCUGACGUCAACAUCCUGGUUAUUAGCAUAGUUGCUGUGUCUCUUGGUUUUAUCAUAUUGCUUGUGGUCAUGGCAGUGGUUGUGUUCCUGGUCAAGUCACGCAGGAAAAAGAAAGGCCAGGAGACAGGAAACAGAACUGUUGCCUCGGGAACUGCCUUGCAAAAACUGGAUGAUUGUAGCCCUGGGCCAGGGGGAGAAAGGAUCUACCACCAGGCCUUGCCAGGCUAUGCUGGUGACCAAGGUGGUGCUGGUGGCGGCCCCUACACUAGAGGAGGGUCUUUGGAUCCUUCUCACUCCAGUGGUAGAGGAUCAGCUGAAGCAGCAGAGGAUGAUGAGAUCAGGAUGAUAAAUGAGUAUCCCCGCGUUGCAUCCAUCACCUCAUCAAUGCAAGAGCACAUCUCUGCCAGAGGACCAGACUCUGGAAUCCAGCAGGAUGCUGACCAGCUUUCUGAUAUUUCCUGUGAGCCUGCAGCUUUGGAGGGCAGCACUUGGUUCAAAGGAAAGAAGCUAGGUGGCAGCCUCAGUGGGACCUUACUCUCUGGACAGCUCCCGGUCUACAGGGAUGAGGGAGGUAGUUACCUAGGAGUAGGCCGUGGUCUCAAUAUUUCCCUCCCCAAGGAUUAUGCCUUUCCGGAGGAUGGUAAACCUUCCGUAGAUGGUUCCCUCACAGCUAUAGUUGCCAGUGACGAGGAGCUCCGUGGAAGCUAUAACUGGGAUUAUCUACUCAACUGGUGCCCUCAGUUCCAGCCUCUUGCAAAUGUCUUCACAGAGAUUGCCAGGCUGAAAGAUGAAACUGCUCAGCAAAGUCAGAACCCUCGCCAGCCCUUCCAGCCCAAGCCCAAAAUGGAUCCUAAACCUAGAAUUGACCCUCCACCUCUCAUCACAUCAGUGGCUCACCCAGGAGCCAUGUCAGUUCCUCCCAAAGUCCCUGUAAUUGGGCGGACAUUCCCCCACUUGGCUUCACUCCGCAGGUCCCCCAUCAGUCACGAGGGAUCUAUUUCAUCAGCAGCGAUGUCACCGAGCUUCUCCCCGUCUCUGUCCCCUCUGGCAGCUCGAUCGCCAGCUGUGUCUCCAUUUGGAGUCAACCAAGGGCCCUCAGCGUCCAUGAUCAGCACCAGGGAGCCCUCACUGGAACAGAGUCCCGAUCAUGAGAUGAGAAUAUAAUUGAAACAUUUGAAACAUGACAUUACUAUUUAAGGAGAAACUCUAAGACGGACAACCUGAACAAAGCAUGACUGACCAACAUUUGGAUGUUCUUUUGCAUGGAUCAAAAGAAAGCAAGCAGUGAUGGUGUCAGUUUUUUUGUCAUUCUCAAAAACAUUUGUCUUAUUCCACAACAAGAAAUCAAGGUUUCUCAAAUUCCCCGCUAGUGACAUUUGGUGGGCAAUACCCACAAAAAAUACUUAGCGUCUGUCUCCUGGUAGAAUAUUUGUACUGCCAUUGUGUCGGCAGCUUUGCAGGAAUAUGUGUGAUGGGCUCGACUGCAGCAGCCCACCCAUCCACUACAAAAUGACGCAGGUCUCCACGAACUGAUCGGGGUUAAGAGCCAAAUAGAAAAUGUGCACUUACCAUGCCCUGCAGUCAGAGAUCCCUUAGUGUGUAGAUAGAUAAAUGUGUAGUUUUCAUGUUACCUCGCUGGCUGGCCAGAGAGCUAAGGACCUCGUUCCUCUCUUUGUGUCUGUGGACUUCUGUUUUUUUACCCUCCAGUAUUAAACCCAUCUAGUGGCUACUCUGAGAAUGGUCUCUGGACACACCCGUCGGAUCACAUGGACAGACAAACGGUGUGUGUUCACAGAGACACUGAUUCAUUGAUUUGCCAAUGCAUCGCAUAGUGAAAAAACAAUUGAGAUUAUUAUUUUUCUCACCUUUCGGACAACACUCGUUUGGAUUUAACCUUUAUUUUAUAUUUUUAUAUAAAUUUAUGAUUUCAGAUCCAUUAUUUCACAUGAAGAGGUUAUUGUUUUUGAGUAUUUGAAUAUAUGUGUAUUUGUAUGUAUGUGGGCUACAUUAUGUGUACUGUGUGUGUCUCCUAGGUUUAUAGAGACUUGUGAUUGUUCAGAAUUGAGUGACAGGGAGGCGUUUGUGUUUUUAGCAUUAUUUAUAAGAAAAGAGGAAUUUCAACCACAAGCUUUGGAAACCAUCAGCAGCUCACUUUAUGCUGUGUUGAGAUUUUUUUUUUGUCAAAUUGUUGAUCAUCCUAAAUCAAACACAUAUAAACCAGAUGAAGAAAAAUCUGUGAUCAGUCUAUAUUUCCACUUUGCAGCUGUUCAGCACUGUCGUGGCAUGCACUUGCACUUGCGCCACGCCGUGACAGAAGAUUCCCUUUGUUAUUCAGGGACAACUCGGUUUGCUGUUCACCUCUGUGUCUUUCAAAGAAAGUGCUUCCUAAAAUCAGUUACAUCACUCAUUCACCUGAAUGCGUUUUACUGUGAAGUUGUUCAUCUCAGUACAAAGAAAACAACGAUGAACAGGAUGAGAUUCUCAAAUGGCCAAACCCGGAGAGAUGUAGCACACGAACCAGACAAGUGGCAACCAAAAGGCUGAAUACAUGAGCCCUAAUGAAUGUACAAGGAUUUAGCCACCAGUGCUGUUUUUUAUGUCUGUGACUUUACACAUCGAGAAUGUCAGUAGCAUGAUGAGGUGUUUUACACCAGCCCCCCCCCACCCACACCCACCGCUCAGACUCAGUUUUAGCAAUCUUAAAAUGUUGUUUUUGUUUUUCAUUCUUUAUAUAUACUCAUCAUCAAACUCAUCAUUUUAAUUGCAGUGAUUGGAUAUCCUGAUGUUUUCAAGAUUUGGUUUCUACCUCUGUUCUGUGUUCAACCGUGCAAAUCCCCAUCAUGCAAAGCUGGCACCGGUCCAGCUUAAAGUGACUCAUGUCACGAGCCCAGCUCCAGCACUACAUGCUCUUUGGCUGUCUCAGAAACAUUUCUUUGUUUGAGAACCACAGUUUGGAGUUCAGUUUGAGAUGACUGCCAGUGACUGAUCAGUGGAGCAAUGGAAGACAAAAAUAAGGAGAAGCUGUAUUUCUUUUUUUAAAGCAAAUAAUAAAUUCCUACUGAUCUCUUUUGACAAAU